AUGAUGUCAGAAGUGAGGUCGGAGCGCGGUGCCCUGUGGUCGGACGCGGAGACCCUGGCGCUGAUCGCCGUCUGGAGCGAGGAGAAUGUACAGACGGCGCUGGACGAGCAGCUCAGGAACAGCCAUGUUUUUAAGUUCAUCUCGUCGCAGUUGCUGGACCAGGGUUACAUCCGCACCCCGGAGCAGUGCCGCAUCCGCAUCAAGGGGCUGAAGAGGAAGUACACGCUGGCCAAGGACAGCAUCAGGCGGGGCUGCAGCGCCAGUGGCAGGAAGAUUUGCCGCUUCUACGAACAGCUGGACGCGGUGCUCGGCACCCGGGUUGGCAAUGAACGACCCGUAGUCAUUGACGCGAUCGCGACACCCGGCGAGUCGCAGGAUAUUAAAGAGGAGCAAAACAGUCCGCAUUCUGAUAUAAGUCAAAGAGUGGAAUGCCACAAUGGCCAUUGUUCCUCGGAGGAGCCCGAUCAUUCGAUGGGAGAGACCAGUAACCGGCAAUUUGAGCCUCAGCCCUCUACCAGCGCUUUCUGUACUCCCCGUGUUCGGCGUAUGCAUUCAUCUCUACCAUUUGCACCUCAGCCGAAGAAAGCCAAGAAGCAUUCACUGGAGGACAUAAUGGAUGGGAUGAUGGAGAAGUUCAUUCGCUACAGUGAAGCUGCAGAUGAAAAAUUUCUCCGUUACAUGGAGGCAUCAGAGGAACGCUUUGCUCGUCUUGAGCAGCUCCGCAUGGAAAUGGAGGAGAGGAUGAGGCAAAGUGAUAGAGAGCAUGAAGCUCGCGUUCUAUUCAUGCUAGGACAGAUGAUGGGCCAUAAUAUAGCGGACUUUCCUUCCACAUCUACAGCUACUGAAAGUGAAAUAACUGAAAGGAAAGUAUUUUAGGCUACCCUUCAAUGUUUUUUUUUAAGCAAAGUUGUGUCUUUGUUACAUAUUCUUAUUUUGUAUACAGUAUGUUUUCCAAUGUGACUGAAUACAGGUUCACAACAAUAUUUUUUAAUUCUUCAGAGUUUGCAUGUUGAAUAACAAAUCCAUUUCUUUGGAAAAGUUAUUGAUAGCUCAACUUUGAACCAUUCUUUCAAGGGGUUUAAAUUCAGUGCAAGGAUUGAAUUCACAUUUCAACCAAUAUAACGUCAGGAGAAAAUAAUUCUAGCAGGCAGAGUCAUCACGUUUCAUGUUAAGGUUUGCAUAGGACUUAAAUAGGCACACUAUUUAGGUACUUUUAACUAUUGUUCUAAGUGAUGGCAAUACAGUGAACAUCAAAUUAACGCAAUGUGAUCUUUCAAACUAUAUGUAGAAGAAUAUUUUGCAUCAUCCACUAUCCUGUUCUCAUUUUGUUCCCUUUUAUUCCAAAGCACUAAUAGGUUUGCUGUUGCAUUACAGAUCUUUCAUUCAGUUGUUUUUGAGUAAUGAUUAUUUCACCACAUGUGCAGUUAGCAAUGCUUCAGUAAAUGGAAAUCCUACAGUGCUAUAUUAAAGGGCAGUACUCCAUAUUGAGAGAUAUAUUGUUCCUUGGCAGAACUUAGUCCUAAUAGCAUGAACUGCAAGUGAGUGUGUUUUUUUUCCUCAUUUAUUCAAAUAUUGUCUGAUUUGCUGACAUUCCAGUAAGGCUUAUACGGCUUUAAGGAGACCUUUCCCCUUCCCUUUUCUGUGCUGAGGCAGGUGCUCAACUACGGUGUUUACUAUUGUCAUCUCAAUGAAGAAGUCAAUCUUCUGUUCCCAACAGGACAAUAAGUAUUUGCUUCUAUUUCUUUAAAAAGUGAUUUUUAAAUUUUUAAACAUUGAAGUCAACUUUUUUAGGUGAUGUAGGAAAUUGAGUACUACUAACAUUGCGGUAUUUGCUUUUGGUGUGUAUUUGAUUUAUGAUGUAUUUAUUUCCACAUUGACCAUGAUGAAAUUAAAUCAAGCUAAUGUUGCUCUUGGCAAGGAGUUCAUAACUCCCAAGAAUUUUGGGUAAGGUAUUUAAACCAUUUACCCAAAUAAGUGAAUACAAUUGCUUGGAAUGCACACUGGACAUACAUGCAUUUCUUUUCAACAACUUUGUUCCUUGCUUUUGUUUUGAGUUUUACAGCUAAGCUGUUCUUUCCAAAUUAAGUUAUUCAUAAUUAGAAUCCUAUGAGCCUUUAAAUGUGAUUGGCAAAUGGUGACUUUGCAUACAGUUAUUGUAAAAUGGCUCAGUUAAUCUUCAGUUGUCAACAAAGGUGUUAGUUAAUUAUCUUUUAACUUGCAAUGAAUGUAACUAGAUAAAGAUGCUGAAAAAUGGUAAGUUAAUUGGUUAUUGGUGUUGGUUGAAAUGACAGUGUUUCUGCUUGCGUACUGAACCUUAGUUGUCAUUGUGUGCUUUCUCUUGGCAGACACAUAUUAAUGUUUAAUACUGGUAGGUACUAAAAAGCAUAUGUUAAUAGAAGUUCAAUUUAAAGUUGUGUGACAUCACUUUUUAGUUACUGAAUUUCAUAUUUGGUACUUUUAGUUGGUCUCCUUUUUAUAACUUGGAAGAACUGUUAAAUUACAGAAAAUGUAAACUGAAGAAAGAUCUGUUUAGCCAUAGAAAUGGAGGAUUAACUGUUUGCCACUGAAGAAUUUUAAUUUUUAGUGGAAACUUGCAGCUACUAUUGUGUCCACUUAAGAUAAAGAUUAAUGGAAGGGAUCUGGAGUAUGAAUUUUCACUGCUAGCCAGUUGUAAUUUGGGAGGGGGGUGUCUUUGAAUAGGUUGGGGUACAAAGUGCAUUUGUGUUUUAAACAACUAAAUUGGAUGAUUUAUCCAUGAAUUGUAAAUAGAUCUAUUUCCAAUGGGAAAAGAAUCCAUUCUCUUUCACCUUCAAGUAUUUUUAUAAUUUUAUAUUGUAGAAUUAACUGUUACUUAAGUAAAAUAAAAUAUUAAUAUUGAGA